UCGAAUAUUGUAAGUAUAUUCAGCCCUUGUGCACCAGUGAUGUGUAUUCAACGAAUGCUUUCUCCCUGAAUUUAACCUGAAAGAAGCUGCUGUACUCAUGCAGGGAUAUAGGCCUAGUCCAUCGCAACCAUUACACCUGAACUCGCAGUGCCGUGUACAAGUGCAUGCAGCAUAAUUACAGUACAUGUACUGCGAAUGUCUGCGUACGCCAUGUUGAAAAUCCCCAUAAUGCUUAUGACCGUAGUCUGUAUGAAGCUACUGUUGACACGCACGUACAGUACUUGCAUCAGCACGUAGUCAUCUGUGUGACCAGGAAAACACUUGAAUAAGACAUAUAUCUGUAAUGGCAGACAGUAAAAUUCCUGGAAGUGGUAGCAUGUGUGAAUACACCGCCACUUCUUCGACUGAAUCUCUUAUCAAUGCUGUCCCCGAUGACUUAAUACAGACGAUUUUACAACGCCUCAGUGCAUCUGACUUGUGCCACUUGGCAUCGUGCUGCCACUGGCUGCGCGAUAUAGCCAAUCAGGAUUCAUUAUGGCGCCCUCUUUGUCAAAGCAGAGGAUGGGAGCACUACUGCACUAUCACAGACCUGGCCAAGAUAGCUUCAUACGGACCUUCCAAGCAAGCAACUGGCGCUAAAAAAAGGUCACAUCAGCGUCACCUUCGAGAAAGAUUGGAUCCUGACUGAUGAAAACACAGCGGGUUUAACCAGCACUUGCAGGUGGAAAGGCGUCUACAUGAGAGCUUACCAUCUGGAUAGGAACUGGGCUACAAAUUGCUUUCAUUCCAAGGGGUUUACCUUGGGCUGGAAAAAGCCAAAUGACUAUCACCGCAUUGUUCGUGUCGAUGGGGAUCUCUUGGCAAUUGACAACGAAUUCACAACCCCUCAGUCAAUCAAGGUCUAUGACAUUCGGAGAAGGACCCUUCAGUGUGUUAUUGCUCCUGUCGAAUCAACGAUCGCACCGGUAGCUGGCGGAAUCAAGUUCACAGAUGGCGUAAUUGUGGUGCCUUGUCUUGGUGGGGUGGCCUGUGCGUUUGAUGCAAGGACAGGGAAGCUUCUGCAAAAGAUAGACUUACACUUGGGCAGUAGAUAUAUGUUGUUAUUCUUUGACGGUGAACUGGUCAUCACCUAUGAGUGUGCUGCUAAUAAGAGGGAAAACAAUGAAAAGUUUUGUGACAUUUACGUGUCGUGUGUCAAAGACGGCCAACUUCAACGCACACUAACAGUGGAUCUUACAGACGGGGUCAAAGUUUGUUAUUAUAACGUGGACUAUCGGGACAAGAUGGUGGCGGCUGUCUACAAUGAUGACUACAUUCGCGUGUGGGAUGCGAGGAGCGGAGAGUGUUUGCAUCAACUUAAAUGCCCAGGGGAAGAGUCAAAGGUCAAACUCGGCGAUAAUGUUAUUGUUGGUUUCAGCAAGGCAUUCGACAUGGAAGUGUGCGAUAUUAUUAUUUGGAGCCAGGACACUGGAGAGUGUCAAAAAGUGAUACGUGAAGUACCAUCGCAUAGGUAUGUGCGCCCUUAUGCAUAUGUCCUGAAUAAUUUGAUAAUAUAUUAUGAUCAGAUCUCCGGGCCUGGCGAUCAUUUUUAUUUCAUGUACGUUUACAAUCUACGUAAAGAAUCGGGAAUGGAGAAGGUGCAUCAUUGCGGCGAUCCUCGCCGAAACGAAACAAAGAGCGUCUACAUUGUAUUAGAGGAGCCAGAGUACCGGUGUGAGAAAGCAUGGCCAAGUGCCGUCUGCAACGCCACUCCAAAUGGCUUGGUACGGCUCUUUGAUGCUGGUACUAACCAUAUCAUCUGGAUUGACGACAUCAGAAUGAUCCUCAUUGACAAUAAAAAACACAAACUGCGUGUCCAUCAUUACUGGUAA